CCUUUGCUCUGCAUCUUCGUUUCGUCCACCUAUAAAUCCGCCUCCCAUUCACUCUAGUGUUGUAUCGCUGAUCCCCAAUCGCUCACCCGAAUCCAAUCGAUCGAAAGCGGAUGGAGCGAAAAGGGGCGGACGAAUCCAUGGGGACGACAGCGUCCGUCUCCGCGUGCGAGAUCGCUUGCCUGCCGAAGGACGUCCUCUCCGAGGCGAUCUCCCUCACCGCGCCGCGCGACGCCUUCCGCGCCGCCGCGGUCUCGUCGGCCUUCCGCGCCGCGGCCGACUCCGACGCCGUCUGGGCCUGCUUCCUGCCGGCCGACCUCCCGCCGCUCUCCGACGGGGAGCUCUCUCCCGUGCCGCUGUCCAAGAAGGCGCUGUUCAUGCGCCUCUCCGAACGACCCGUCCUCCUCGCCGGCGGCCUCACGAGCAUGUGGUUGAACAGGGAGACCGGCGCCAAGUGCUACAUGCUGUCGGCGAGGGCGCUGUGCAUCACCUGGGGCGAUACGCCACAGUACUGGCGCUGGAUCCCUCUCACCGACUCAAGGUUCUCAGAAGCUGCAAAACUCCGGGCUGUCUGUUGGUUGGAAAUCCGUGGCAAGAUAGACAGCAAGAUGCUCUCCCAAAACUCAACCUACGCUGCUUACAUUGUGUUCAAGAUCGAUGAUAAACACUAUGGGCUGGAUUCUCCCGUCCAGGAGGCAACAGUUAGCAUUGGAGAAAACAAAUCAAACCGCCAAGUUUGCCUCGAAGGCUAUGACAAUAAGGAUGAUGAUGAAGAUGAGGUGCCUCAGAAUCACCGUCCUAUGAUGUCAGGCAUGAGACGACUGCUCAGGAGAAAUCGUCGUGUACGUCCUCCUGCAGCCUGUGUACAGCUCCCUCAGGAAAGGUCCGAUGGUUGGAUGGAGUUGGAGAUGGGUGAGUUCUACAAUGAAGAAGGUGAUGAUGGCGAGGUGUCCGUCAGUCUCAUGGAGACAAGAGGAGGCAAUUGGAAGAAAGGUCUUAUUGUGUAUGGCAUUGAAAUUAGAGUGAAGAAGUAAGGCUGGGGAGGUUCUAUGGAAUGUUGAAAUGCCCAGGAAACCAGAUUUGUAGUGCGUGUUUUGCAGUCUUGUUGUUGUUGAACAAUAUGCUUUGUGUAAGAUCUUGAAUUCAUGUAUUGUAUUUGAAUUAUAUCUGUGAUGUCUAUUUUUAUUUGAAA